GGCCACGCCUCCCCGACCCAGAAAAGUCGCGUCUCCACAGCGGUCCCCCCAUGUCCCCCACAACAACAAGCCAGAGGGGCAGUGGAGGGGGGCGUGUCCUUGCGAAUGAAGGCUUUGGCGCAGAAGGAAGUGCUUCCGGUACAGAGGGCGUACAAGAUGGCGGCGCCCAUGGAGCUGUUCUGCUGGUCUGGGGGCUGGGGGCUGCCGUCAGUGGACCUGGACAGCCUGACCGUUCUGACCUAUACCAGAUUUACUGGUGCUCCACUCAAGGUACACAAGAUUACCAACCCUUGGCGGAGCCCUUCAGGAACUCUGCCUGCCCUUCGGACAAGUCAAGGAGAGGUCAUCUCAGCACCACAAAAGAUCAUCACUCACCUUCGAAAAGAGAAGUAUAAUGCUGAUUAUGAUCUAUCAGCUCGGCAAGGAGCUGACACCUUGGCUUUCAUGUCUCUACUAGAGGAAAAACUGCUCCCGGUGUUGAUACAUACUUUUUGGAUAGACACCAAGAACUAUGUAGAAGUGACCCGGAAGUGGUAUGCAGAGGCUAUGCCCUUUCCUCUCAACUUCUUCCUACCUGGCCGCAUGCAGCGGCAAUAUAUGGAGCGGCUGCAGCUGACGAAUGGGAAGCCCAGUCCUGAGAAUGAGGAAGAAGUGGAGAAGGAGCUGUACCAGGAGGCUCGGGAAUGCCUAACCCUUCUCUCUCAGCGCCUGGGCUCUCAGAAGUUCUUCUUUGGAGAUGCCCCUGCAUCCUUGGAUGCCUUUGUCUUUAGCCACCUGGCACUGCUACUGCAGGUAAAGAUGCCCAGUGGGAAACUGCAGAUACACCUUCGAGGGUUGCAAAACCUCUGUGUCUACUGUUCCCACAUUCUUAGCCUCUACUUUCCCUGGGAUGGAGCUGCAGUGCCACCUCCACGUCAGACACCAGCAGCCCCAGAUACUGAAGAGGAGCCAAAUCGGCGCCGGAACCAGAUCCUGUCUGUGUUAGCAGGGCUGGUAGCCAUGGUGGGCUAUGCCUUGCUCAGUGGAAUCAUCUCUAUCCAGAGGGCAGCCCCUCCUCAUACCCCAGGCACCCGGGCCCUGGACAUGGUUGAGGAGGAUGAAGAAUGAUUUGUCCUCAUGCUCUUAGGACUGGUUUUUCAAUUGUGCAUUCCAUAGGUCUCUCUGGCUCCCCAUUGUUGAGACAGCCAGAAAUGGGUACUCCCCACCCCCAGAAUAAAGCCGCUCGCACUGAC